AUGCGUCGGAAUCAUCAGGCUACGAACUUUAAACCAUUUCAAUUGCCCUCACAGAGGCGCACAGAUGCUUGGUCCCCAUCCAAGAGUAGUAGAACUGCUGUCACCGACCUGGCAUCAUCAGCUCAGGAUGAUGAUGUUCAAUUGGAUGCCUUUGACCUGGAGCUAUUAGCCUCAGAGGACAGGGAGGAAACAAUUCAAGCUUCAGGAUUUGGAAGUCCCAACUCUACGCCUCUUCAAGCGUCUCGUCAGCCUGAUCUGCACCCACCUCAAUUCUCUCGUUUCUUUCAGCCAAGCUCGAGUAUCCCUUCUCGGUGGAAUGGAUUGAGCUCGUCAGACCCUGUACUAGGGCCGUCGUCAAGCCCAUUGGCUCUGUUUAGUCAGAGGAAGGACGACAGGCGGAUGGGAAAGUGCGGCCUCGAGAUGAGUGAUGAGACUAGUCAUUCCUCGCCUCAGGAACCGAUCACUCAAGCAAGCCCAGAGGCUUUGAUUGGCAAUAGACAGCACCGCAACCCUUUCAGCAACAUUCUACCCUCUGUGCGGGGAAUCGUCCUCGUAUCAGUAAAUGACAUGCCGGAGAACUACCGGUCGAUGUUUCCCUUCCCACUGUUUAAUGCGAUUCAAUCCAAGUCCUUCCACUCCGUCUACAACAGCAAUGACAACAUCGUCCUGUCCGCACCAACCGGCAGUGGUAAGACAGUAGUGAUGGAAUUGGCUAUCUGCAGACUCCUGAAUGCCCUCAAAGACGAACACUUCAAAGUCGUCUACCAAGCACCUACCAAGUCACUAUGCAGCGAGCGCUUCCGAGACUGGCACAUCAAGUUCUCCAGCUUGAAUCUCAAGUGUGCAGAAUUGACUGGAGAUACGGACCACAUGCAGCUGCGCAACGUUCAGAGUAGCCAGAUCAUCAUUACCACGCCCGAGAAGUGGGAUAGCAUGACUCGGAAAUGGAAAGACCAUAUGAAGUUGAUGCAGCUCGUGAAGCUCUUUCUCAUUGACGAGGUUCACAUUCUGAAGGAGACGCGUGGAGCUACACUUGAAGCUGUGGUUUCUCGAAUGAAGAAUAUCGGAUCGAAUGUGAGAUUUGUCGCGUUGAGUGCCACUGUUCCCAACUCCGAGGAUAUUGCUACCUGGCUCGGGAAGGACGCGACUAAUCAGCAUUUUCCUGCGCACCGGGAGCAUUUCGGUGAGGAGUUUCGUCCUGUCACCCUGACGAAGUUUGUUUACGGGUAUGCGUCUAGCUCGAAUGACUUUGCAUUUGAUAAAGUCUGCGGUUCAAAGUUACCUGAAGUGAUCGGAAUGCAUUCAUGCCAGAAGCCCAUUAUGAUCUUCUGCUGCACGCGGAACUCAUCGCUCGCGACGGCGAAAGAAUUGGCUCGGCUUUUUACAUUGACGAAUCCACCCGCCAGGUUUUGGAAGGAACCUAACAAGCGCCUCGAAGCUCAUAACGAGGACCUAAAGACAACACUCCCUGCUGGUGUAGCAUUCCACCACGCUGGUUUGGGCCCUGCUGAUCGCCACACUGUUGAGACAGGUUUCCGAGAAGGGCAUAUAAACGUCAUAUGCUGCACAUCUACACUUGCGGUUGGAGUCAACCUGCCUUGUCAUCUUGUUAUAAUCAAGAACACUGUCAGUUGGCAAGAUGGAGGCUGCAAAGAGUACUCGGAUUUGGAGAUGAUGCAGAUGCUCGGCCGCGCGGGCCGACCGCAAUUCGAUGACAGUGCGACAGCUGUCAUCCUCACUAGGAAGGAACGCGUCACACACUAUGAGAAGCUAGUUCAGGGCCCUCAAAGUCUAGAGAGCUGCCUGCAUUUAAAUCUCAUUGAUCAUCUGAACGCUGAGAUCGGCUUGGGGAAUAUAUCGGACGUUGAAUCCGCUGUCAAAUGGCUUGCUGGUACAUUCUUGUUUGUGAGACUUCGUCGAAAUCCAACCCACUACAAGCUCAAAGAAGGCGCGAAUCAGCAAGACGAAGAUGCGUUACUCCGUCAGAUCUGUGAGAAGGAUAUUGAGCUCCUUCGAAAAUGCGGCUUAGUUGAAGCCGAGAGCCUUUGUUCAACCCGGCUUGGUGAGGCUAUGGCUCGCUACUACAUUCACUUCGAGACUAUGAAAGUUCUAGUGUCGCUGAAGCCAAAAGCAUCCCUUAACGUGAUCGCACAAGCCGAAGAAUUCCGCGAGAUCCGCCUCAAAGCCGGCGAGAAGUCACUCUACCGAGAGAUAAACCGUGAUCCAGGAAUUCGAUUCCCAAUCAAAGUUGACCUAGCACUCCCAGCCCACAAGAUCUCACUACUCCUUCAAUCCGAGCUAGGGGCAAUUGAGUAUCCCAGCAAUGAGCAACUCCAAAAGCUCAAAUUCACCUUCCAGCAGGACAAAAGUCUAGUCUUCGCACAUGUCAACCGACUAAUCCGCUGCUUGAUCGACUGUCAAAUCACCCGGGGCGACUCAAUCGCCAUCCGCAAUGCCCUUGAACUCGCCCGGAGUUUCGGAGCGAAGGUCUGGGACCGCUCGCCUCUCCAAAUGAAGCAGAUCGAGCAAGUGGGUGUUGUUGCAGUUCGGAAGUUGGCUGCUGCUGGGAUCACCAGCAUCGAAGGGCUGGAAUGUGCGGAGCCUCAUCAGAUUGAGAUGGUUCUUAGUAAGAAUCCGCCUUUCGGGUCGAAGCUGCUCUCGAGAUUGAAGGAGUUCCCGAAACUGAGAGUUUCUGUGAAGAUGCUUGGAAGGGAAGUGAAAGCGAACUCUAUCAAUGUCCGAUUGAAGGUCGAACUCGCGUUUCUAAAUGACAAGAUCCCGAGAUUCUUUCAACGUCGCCCGGUAUACGUGUGUUGCUUAAUAGAAAGGUCUGAUGGCAUCAUGGUCGAUUUUAGACGGAUAAGCGCCACCAAGCUCCAGGAGAACUUGGAGAUUGAACUCUCUACGGAAUUGACGAGUGCGGAGCAACUUAUUGUAUGUCAUGUUAUGUGCGAUGAAAUUGCGGGGACAUGGCAACAAGCUGAGCUCCGACCUAACCUGCCAUCUCACCUCUUUGCUGCUGUGCGAGACAAAACAGCCAAUGCCCAAAAGACUGAAAUCUCGAACCUACCACCUCGUCCCAUCAAGGGGAAUUUGAAUCUCAAAGAUACGGAGAAACCGAAGACCAGCAGGUCUCGUCCCCAAGGACGAGAUGUGACUACCACCAAGAUGAAAUCUCAACGGAGUAUGGAUGACUUUGAUGGCGAUGAUUUACAGCUCGAUGAUUUCCUCGUUGUCAAUGAACGCCGUGGCAAAGCAAAUGAGCAUAAAAAGCCACAGCCUCAACAGUUUGACGAUCUAGAUUGGUUCUCGAUCGAUGAAAAUGAGUACGAGCCAAUCAGACUUGCGAAUGGCAAAUGGGCUUGCAACCACAAAUGCAAAGACAAAACAAGGUCCGAGAAAAUCAUCCCUUUAGUUAUUACCAAGCUAAUAAUUCUAGCUGCAAACAUUUCUGCUGCCGUGAGGGUUUGGAAACCCCCCGAAACCACCAAAGCGACCUAUCCCCGCGAUUCAAAAGAAAGGUGGUCUCAAUCAACUGACUAUCUCCGACCAAGUCUCAAAGCUGGAAAGAAGAAUACAGGUCGAGAGAAGUCUGUCCUUUCGGAGAGGGACAAGAAUAUUCCUUCAUACAAGAGAAAGCGGGACAAGAGUCCCACAAAACCCCUCUCCAGUGAUUAUGGCGAUGAAAACUUCGAUGAUCUACCAGAUCCUUCACGCCUUCUCGGGAAUAGGGGAUCGGGGCUUGAAAUAUCGGUUUCUCCAGUGAUUGAUGAUCAGCCGAAGAACAACAUCGCUGAUGUUCCUGCCACUGUAAAGAAACAUGUAGACCCCAAGCCGUCUGGUUCACAGUUUGAUCUUCCCAAAAAAGACCGAAAAAUGUCAUCCCAGCACGAGAUAAUCGAGAUUCUGGACGAUACACCGCCAGAAUCAACAGGAUUGCCAACGACAACAAGCACGGACUCCCGUAUCAAACAGAGCACACUGCGACUCUCAACACAUCAAUCACCCAGCCUGAAACGGAAGGUGGCUGAAGACGAAACACAAGAUCAAGAGCAGAAGAAGCGGGUGGAGCUAAGUCCCUUUGUUCCUGCUUCACAGUUUCACGCUUCAAAUCCUUUGAUCAAUGAAAAACCACCGAGUCCUGAGCAGCCUGCCUCUCCUGUUUCUCCUGUCAUCGGCGGUCGGAUGGAUUUGACUGCAGCAUGGGACGAUGGUGGCGUUGAUCUGCUUGAUGAGUUCAAGGACAUUAUUAAAUUUAUUUAG